AUGCCAAGAUCUAAGCGUUCCAAGUUGGUGACUCUAGCCCAAACUGAUAAGAAAGGUAGAGAGAAUAAAGAAAGAAUUUUUGAUGAAGUGAGAGAAGGAUUAGAUACAUACAGAUACGUCUGGGUUCUAUACUUAGACAACGUCAGAACACCAGUGCUACAAGAAAUUAGAACUGCAUGGACAGGAUCCAAGUUAAUCAUGGGGAAAAAGAAGGUCCUUGCGAAGGCACUUGGUGAAAAGAGAGAGGAAGAGUACAAGGAAAACUUAUUCAAGUUGGCUAGCUUAUGUACCGGUGUCACCGGUCUACUUUUCACUAAUGAAGAUGUUGACACAGUAAAGAACUACUUCCAAUCAUAUGUUAAACUAGACUUUUCCAGACCAAAUUCAAGGGCUCCUUUAACAUUUGUUAUCCCAGAAGGUAUAGUCUAUUCCCGUGGUGGUCAAAUCCCAAUUGAUGACGAUAUCCCAAUGGUGCAUUCUUUGGAACCUACUUUAAGAAACAAAUUUGAAAUUCCAACGAAGAUUAAGGCCGGUAAGAUUACUUUAGAUUCCCCAUACCAAGUUUGUCAAGAAGGUGAAAAAUUAGAUGUUCGUCAAGCUUUAAUCUUAAAACAAUUUGGUGUUGCUGCAUCUGAAUUCAAAGUCAAAGUGGCAGCCUAUUAUGACAACGAAACUUCUACUGUGGAAAAGACUGAAAUAAACAUUGAAUCAAAGGAUUAA